GUCCCUUCCGACCUUGUCCAUUCUUUGAUUCUGUGAAGAUUCAUGGGAGUUCUUCGUGAAUGGUCUCCAGCUUGGCAUAGGAGACAGGAUCCUUUUCAGACAUUUCUUUGAAUCUCAAGUUCCUUAAAGAAAUACAUAACUUCAGAAUACCACGUAUUUCAUAUCAAGAGUAAUUGAGGAUGCUUGCACCUGUGCAUCUGUACAGUGCAGCAUUCCUUGUAUGAAAUAAUUGCAUUCUGAGGUAACACAGAGACGUAUUUUGAAGCCUUUUUGAAUUAAACAGUUUGCAUAGGACUGCAAUGAAUGGUAGGCUGAUACCCACACUGAAAAUUAGCAGGAAUGUGUGUUGAGCUUGAAGGAAUGAUAAUUAAAAACGUAACUUCUAAGAUGCAUUAUUUAUUUAUUUUUUUUUUUUAUAGUAGUAGUAUUAGUAGUAGUAUAAGGUGUCCUGUUGUGGUUUUGUUUUUUAUGCUGGCAGUUAUUUCUGCUAGCUGAACAGAUGAAGGCUUCCUUCAAAAUGUGUAGGUUUUUUGAAGGGGGAUAUAUGGAAUGAAGAUUGCAAAUCUCCCUCACUGUGGUACACCACUAUAGAAGAAGGUGGUAGUUUUUUGACAGGAUAACUUGUAAUACAUUUUGUUUAGCGUUUAAGACUUGUUGUGAAGUUUUAUUAUUAAAGGAAAAAUGGAAAAACAAGAUCUUCCCAUUACUAAUACUCUUAAUUGCUUUCAAAUCACAAAAUAGUAUUUUUAUGUGCUUAAAUGUACCUAUUAGACCAUAUCACUGACAUCUACUUUGGGCUGAAUAACGUAACACUUCGUCAGUUUCAUCUCCUUCAGCCACAUUUUCUAGCUUCUGCACCAUUGGAGAGCAAGGCUGGAGGAGGUGAAGGUCAUCCUAUCUUGAAGAGUAAUUGCACGUCCUUGGUCAGAACACAGUGAAAAUGUGUUUCUCUUUUUUAGAAAGGAGUUAAGCACCAAGGGUUCCAUUCUUUGUAGCUUUGCUCUAGGAUCUGGUAUAGCUGAGUCCUGGUCGUACUCCUGAGUUUACAGAUGAUGCCUGAGGUGUUCAUGGUGGAAAGAAGAAACAAUAGGCUGAGAUUUAGGAGCUACAGAAGCAAAGAAGUCAUAGGUCAGGUUAGGACAUCUGGUCAAAGCUGUGGCUGGGUUGUUAUACAGGUCUAGAGCUUUGUGUUUGGAAGGGGAGGAGGAAGCCGGAGCUGAGAGGGUGUGGGGGACGAGCAGCAUUUGGCAUGGAUCUCUGACCGAGCUGACUUCAGGGUGAGCAAACCAAACAACGAGAUGAUGUGGCACUGAGAUCAGACCUGGAGCCCAAAGGUGGUGAGGAGGAACUGGAAGCAGUUCAGUGAGGAAGGGCAGAACAGGUAGAAAACCCUAGGGAAUUGAAGGGGGGCAAGGAGAGAAUGAAGAAUUUAGGAUGAAAGUAUGGAUGUGAUAUUUCAUGAAAUCACACGCGGAGCGUGGAUUUGAGGGGGGCUAAACUAGCAGGACAGAGGCUUGAAUGAGUUGAAAUUCAUAUGAAAUAAGAAAGUAACAAGAAACUGGGACAGGAAAAUGUAGGUAAAAGAUGGAUGAGCUGGAAGAGCGUGUGCCUAAAGGCAUAGUGGAGAACUGUUUAGAUUGAGUAAGUGGUCAUUUUCCUAAUUAGCAAGUGGCAGUGAAAUUAAACGAUUAAGUUCAAUCUUUUCACUCCUUCAAAUGUUAUACAGCACAGGAGAUGGCCAGGUCUUUCUGUGUGAAGCAGGAAGCAACACUAGCAAUAAAAUCCAGUCAGGGCAAUUUUGUUGAGGUUUUUGUUUUCUUCCUUCUGUCUUGGAGAACUACACAUGUAAAAUGUAGCAGCAGCAGCGUUAGGAAAUGCCAGUUAAAGCUGAUGGAGCAGCCUGGUUUGGCUCUGUCCCUUACUGUGCUAGGCAGUCUGAAUGCAUAUUAACACUAGUUUUUCUCUUUUUGCCAAAGAUCCUCAUUUUUUGCUACAGGUUAGUUAAUGUGUAAUGUAUAAACAGCUAGAUAAAUAUUUGUUUCAAUCUCCUUUUGUGUGGCUUCACGUUUACAGCAAACAAGUUAAAAUGCUUUGAAACAAAACUUGCUGACUUUUCCUAUUCCAAGUUCCAGUAUUCAUCAUACAAGUGUAUGUGCAUGUAAGUUUAUGUGCAUUUUACCAUAGACUUUUAAAAUACCCUCGCUCUAUAUAUUGAGAUGUGAGUCAGAACUUCAGGUGAUGUGAAUAUCUAUUUCCAGAUGGCAGUGGCUUAAUAUCUGGCUCUUGUCAAAGUGCUGUGCAGGGCUUCACAUUUAAAAGCAUAACAUUAAGUUGUAGUUGUGACUUCCUCGGUGCCUCAGUAUCCUGGAUCAAGGGUGGUGUUCACUUAAAGCAUAUUCUACAAAUAUCCAGUAAAUCUUCUGAUGCUGACUGGGGUAAAAUUCCGGGAUCUAAGCCUAAUAUUUAGCUGUGAUAUCUAUUAAUUUAUUUUCUAGGUAUUGUUUUGGAAAAUGCCAAACCGGAAGUAUGCUGAUGGUGAGGUGGUGAUGGGUCGUUGGCCAGGAAGUGUCCUGUACUAUGAAGUGCAAGUGACUAGUUAUGAUGAUGCUUCUCAUCUUUAUACUGUGAAGUACAAAGAUGGUACCGAACUUGCUUUGAAGGAAAGUGAUAUAAGGUCACAAUCAUCAUUCAAGCAAAGGAAAAGCCAGUCUUCUUCAAGUUCUCCUUCCAGAAGAAGUAGAAGCAGAUCUCGAUCCAGAUCUCCUGGUCGGCCAGCAAAAGGCAGACGUCGCUCCUCUUCCCAUAGCAGAGAGCAUAAAGAUGACAAAAAGAAAAUUAUUCAGGAAACCACUUUAGCUCUACCGAAACCAAGUGAGAACAACACCAGAAGGUACAAUGGUGAACCUGACAGUACGGAAAGAAAUGACACAUCCAGCAAACUCUUGGAGCAGCAAAAAUUGAAACCAGACGUGGAAGUGGAGCGUGUGCUCGAUCAGUACAGCUUGCGUUCAAGAAGAGAAGAAAAAAAAGAAGAGAUCUAUGCAGAGAAAAAGAUUUUUGAGACAAUAAAAACUAUGGAGAAACCAUCAUCGAAAACAAAGGAGCUUGAAUUUGGUGGAAGAUUUGGGACCUUCAUGCUGAUAUUUCUCCUGCCUGCUACUGUAUUGUACUUACUGUUAAUGUGCAAACAGGAUGACCCCAGCCUUAUGAACUUCCCUCCUCCUCUCCCAACAAUUGAAAGUCUUUGGGAAGCUAAAGUGUUUGGCGUCUUUCUUCUGUGGUUUUUCUUUCAAGCUCUGUUUUACUUACUGCCAAUAGGAAAGGUUGUGGAAGGCCUGCCUCUUUCAAAUGGAAGGAAGCUGCAGUACCGGAUCAAUGGGUUUUAUGCUUUUGUUUUGACGACUGCAGCUAUUGGAACCUUACUGUAUUUUCAGUUUGAACUUCAUUAUUUGUAUGAUCACUUCAUACAGUUUGCAGUGUCAGCUGCAGCUUUUUCUAUGGUAUUGAGCAUUUAUUUGUAUAUUCGGUCCUUGAAGGCACCUGAGGAAGACCUAGCACCAGGAGGAAAUUCUGGAUACCUUGUUUAUGACUUCUUUACUGGGCAUGAAUUAAACCCUCGUAUUGGCAGUUUUGACCUCAAAUACUUCUGUGAGUUACGUCCAGGAUUAAUUGGCUGGGUUGUUAUAAACUUGGCAAUGCUCUUGGCUGAGAUGAAGAUACAUAAUCAAAGCAUGCCGUCGCUGUCGAUGAUACUCGUGAACAGCUUUCAGCUUCUGUAUGUGGUGGAUGCUCUUUGGAAUGAGGAAGCUGUUUUGACUACAAUGGAUAUUAUCCAUGAUGGAUUUGGAUUCAUGUUAGCGUUUGGAGAUUUGGUGUGGGUUCCAUUUGUCUACAGUCUGCAGGCCUUCUAUUUAGUUGGACACCCUAUUGCAAUUUCUUGGCCCGUUGCAGCUGCAAUUACUAUUCUGAACUGUAUUGGGUAUUACAUAUUCCGUAGUGCAAAUUCUCAGAAAAAUAAUUUCCGAAGGAAUCCAGCAGAUCCCAAGUUGUCCUAUCUGAAAGUUAUACCCACUGCAACUGGAAAAGGGCUUCUUGUCACUGGUUGGUGGGGGUUCGUUCGUCACCCCAACUACCUUGGUGAUAUCAUCAUGGCACUUGCGUGGUCCCUACCCUGUGGUUUUAAUCACAUUUUGCCCUAUUUCUACGUGAUUUAUUUCAUCUGCUUGCUUGUUCAUCGAGAAGCCCGUGAUGAACAUCAUUGUAAGAAAAAAUAUGGUUUGGCAUGGGAAAGGUAUUGCCAGCGUGUACCAUCGCAUCUUUCCUUACAUCUACUAGAGCACUCCAGAUACCUGAUCUGCAAAUUAAAAUAUACCUCUCACCUUUGCACUUGGUCUAUUUGUUAUCUAGGCUUUAAACAUUAAAUGUGACCAAACGAUGGAGUGCUUCACCAAGUAUUUGCAAGUAAUCCUAAAUACUUAUGAGUUAUGUGAACUGACUGUCUAUGACCUCAAUUCAAGAAAAAAAAAUGGUGAAUUUUAAAAAGUCUUGGAGCCCUAAUUUUUCAAGUUAAAUUUUAUCUAGAAUUCUGAGUUUACAUUUUUUUUUUAUUGCAUUAAUUAAGCACUGUGAUGUAAAGUAUAUUAUUUUCUUAAUACAAUAAAUACAGGAGUUCCAUCCAGUGAAUUUUUUUGGUGUUACUUGUACCAUCUAACUUCAGAUGUCUGACUGAGCUGAGUGCAGAGAGCAGAGGCUCUGGGCAGCGGAGGAUUCAGCUCCCAGGAGGGCCCACGCUCUCUGUGCUGUUGCCCUGUGGCCCCUGGCUCUGGGUAGUGGGAUUUUUGGUCAGGAGGGCUCUGAAUGGCCCCUCCUGACCUGUCCUGCCAGAGGAGGGACGGAUGGGAAGGAGGGCACAAAUAUCCCCUCCAUCCUACCUCCCUGAGGCAAGAGGAAUGCUUGAGCUGCUCUGGCAGUGCCCCAGCCCCCCUGCAGGGGCUCAGACCCCUGAAGGUAGAUGAUACAAAGGCAGAGCUGUGGGAGCGGUGUAUUCUAAUCUGGCAUCUUAACAGUGAGCACAGGAGUAGCAAAAGGUGCAACGUGUGCAUAUUUGACAGAAAAGAAUAAAAUGACCACAGUUGGCUUAUUCUGAUCUUUGUAAAAUAUGUCUUAAUGUACCAUAGCGUUUCCCAAGUGUGUAUAAUAAAGCUUCCAGGUUUUUUGCUGUACAGUGUUUGGAUUUGAAAACACGCUAACUUUUUUAGGAACAAGGAGAAAUUUUUAACUAAAUCCAUUUCCAGUAAUUUUUUUAAAAUGUUCAUUUAAUAAAGAUUUUUUGUAAAUUAAUGUAUUAAUUCUUGAAACAAUUGAAGUGUUCAUUUAAAUAUUUGUAUUGACAGAUAUGCUAUGAAAAUGUGGUAAGUGCUCCUCUGUCCAAAGUGGGUUUUUUUUGUUGUUUUUUUUUUUCAAUUUGGCAUUGCUACCUCAUAUGUAGGUUUUGCCUUUUGUACUGUUGCAGAUAGAGAUAAUAGCUAUUUUUUUGCUACUGCUAUUUAAACCAACAUUUUUUACAUGAGCCUGUGGUUCAACUCAGCCACGUUCUAAUAUAUUUUUGUAUAUAUUUGAAUUUCUAACUAAUGUAUGUGCUCUAGGCAUUAGUUGUUUCCUUUGUCUAACUGCUGUAAAUCGGAUGCCACUUAAGUAUUUUGCUUCAUAAGUAGAGUAAUUUUAUAUUUUACUGAAAUAACCUUGCAUUAACUAACUAGAGCUAGCAUUUAAUUCCAUCUUCACCAGGGUUAACUUUUCACAUACUUCCUAUGUGAGGUUUAUAGCACAACUUCUCCCCAAGACUUAUUAGAGUCAAGUGUAGCAGGGAAGGAAUUGCAAGUAUGUCUGCAGUUGCUUGCAGGAAGAUUACUAACAAAUGAAAAUGUUGCAAUUGGUUAAUUAUGUUCAGUUCUUUUUAAAUAUUGAUGUAAUUGAAAUCUAGCAUGUGAUGGGGUUUUUGUUAUUAAUUGAAAACCCUCUAUUUUGCACACAUGCAUUUUUAAUGACAAUUGUACAUGAAAAGUGUAUAUAAUGUAGCUUGCUGAGCUUGAUUGUGAGUGUCUUCAGAAAAAUCUGUAUUUUGUUGUUGUAAGGAACACGUGUUAGGACAAGUAUUCUGAUUUCUGCAACAGAUAGCAGUGCCUGUAACAACACUGAAGAGCAUUCACUUGUGUGAAGCAGCAGAUUAAACUGGGCUUUUUUUAUCUUUUUUUUUUCUUUAAUGAUUGCUUAUUGGAUUAGUAGGAAUAGCAGUUGUUCAACUGUCCCGGCCUGCAGCUGGUGUUUUAAAAUGUACUGAAGCUGGGGACAGUUUAACUCCUCAGCCCUUAAGCUCUGAGUUGCUACUGCCAUCCCAGUUUUAUCUGUUUCCCACACAAGAUUGUUAAACCAUAAUUCAGACCCUUUCCUUUCAGAAAUGGGUCUUGACUGAUAACUUCAGUUCCGUUUAUAUGCUGAAUUUGAUGUGAAUUUGAUUUUGAAGUAACUGUUUUUAAUACAAACAAGCAUACAAGCUAAAAUAAAGCUCUUGCUUAAAAUUA